UAAGUACUCCUAGAGGCAUCAAGAGGGUUUCUUCGCAACUAAAAAAUUAGAGUGCAGCGCCGCGUUCCUUUUCGUGGGAACUACCCUCCGAACGAUUGGACGCUUCACAGGGGAGAGUACAAUAUUUCACCAUAAAUUUUUCGGAGGAUCCUUUCAAUUCGUGACACCCGGUAUUCUUCAGAGCCGUUGUCGAUUGGCUGCAGCCCCGUGGACCGGCCCGUUCACGUUAUCCCUUCCGCACCGUAGUCAACCGUAGUGCAGUCUGUCUCCCUCUUGACGUCGUUUUGCCAAGUUGGAGGAACCGAGAACGAGCCAACAAGGUAGAGGAGUAAGAACGCCGAGUGCGGCUUCCGGCUGGCGGUGGGGUGAAGAAAAGGAAAAGAAAAAAGAACGGACGCCGGUUGCGCCGUGCACUUGCCCCCUUGGCCCAUUGUUCGAUUCGAGCUCAACCGGCAAGCUGCGUCGUUUCGAGUUUUCCGUUACACGUCGCGGUGUUUUCAAGUGACUACGAGACUCGGCAAGGAACUACGGCGUCAGUUUAUUAAAUAAUACCGAAAGAGAAUCGCGAGUGCUAUCGCUUUGUAAUAUUCUGUAAAAGUAAUCGGGUGAGAGGUUAGUGUGAUUGUUGCGCGAUCGACUCGAUUCGAUAUUCGCCAUGGUGGCUGGUGCGAAGAUGAUGAACGUGCGGGUGACGACGAUGGACGCGGAGCUGGAGUUCGCGAUCCAGCAGACGACUACCGGCAAGCAACUGUUUGAUCAGGUCGUCAAGACGAUCGGUCUCAGGGAAGUCUGGUUCUUUGGACUCCAGUACACGGACAACAAGGGUGACCUGACCUGGAUCAAACUCUACAAGAAGGUGAUGAACCAGGAGGUCAAGAAAGAGAAUCCAUUGCAGUUCAAGUUCCGUGCCAAAUUCUAUCCCGAGGACGUAUCCGAGGAGCUUAUCCAGGAUAUCACUCUUCGCCUUUUUUAUCUCCAGGUGAAAAAUGCCAUCCUCACUGAUGAAAUCUACUGCCCACCGGAGACGUCGGUUCUUCUUGCUUCCUAUGCCGUUCAGGCUCGACACGGUGACUUCCAGAAGGGAACUCAUACAGCUGGGUUCCUGGCGAACGAUCGUCUGUUGCCUCAACGUGUUAUGGAUCAGCACAAGAUGAGCAAGGAGGAAUGGGAGGGCUCAAUUACCACCUGGUGGCAGGAACAUCGUGGUAUGCUCCGCGAAGAUGCCAUGAUGGAGUAUCUUAAAAUCGCUCAAGAUUUGGAAAUGUAUGGCGUGAACUACUUUGAGAUCCGUAACAAAAAGGGUACUGAACUGUGGCUUGGCGUUGACGCCCUCGGCCUCAAUAUCUACGAGAAGGACGACAAGCUCACGCCAAAGAUUGGCUUUCCCUGGUCCGAGAUCAGGAACAUUAGCUUCAACGACAGAAAAUUCAUAAUUAAGCCAAUCGAUAAGAAGGCACCGGACUUUGUCUUCUUUGCACCCAGGGUCAAGAUCAACAAGAGAAUCUUGGCUCUUUGCAUGGGUAAUCAUGAGCUCUACAUGCGUAGACGCAAACCAGAUACCAUCGACGUUCAGCAGAUGAAGGCGCAAGCACGAGAAGAGAAGAUCGCCAAGCAGCAACAGAGAGAAAAGCUGCAGCUCGAGAUCGCUGCGCGAGAACGGGCCGAGAAGAAGCAGCAAGAAUAUGAGGAGAGAUUGAGGAAUAUGGCAGAGGAAAUGGAGAGGCGGCAGGCUGAGCUGAACGAAGCUCAGGAGAUGAUACGUCGUCUGGAGGAGCAACUGAGACAGUUGCAGGCGGCCAAGGAGGAGCUUGAGGAUCGUCAGAAGGAAUUGACCGCCAUGAUGGAGAAAUUGGAACGCUCUCACGAGAUGGAGGCCGCUGAGCGCGCCAAAUUAGAACAAGAGAUCAGGGACAAGCAAGAGGAGGUAUUGCGUAUCCAGACCGAGGUCGAGGUCAAGGAUGCAGAAGCCAGAAGAUUGCAGGAGGAGGUUGAAGCCGCCAGGCUGAGGCAGGAGGAAGCUGACAGAGCCUUCCAAGCAAGCACGACUCCUCAACAUCAUCAUGUGGAGGAGAACGAGGAGGAAGGCGAAGAGGAAGGUGAGGACGAGACUCCUCACGGCGAUGUCACGAAGGAACUUGUGACCGACGAGUCUAUUAUUGAUCCUGUCGAAGAACGACGUACCCUCGCAGAGAGAAACGAGCGUCUCCAUGAUCAACUCAAGGCCCUGAAGCAGGACCUCGCUCAAUCGCGAGACGAGACAAAGGAGACAGUGAUGGACAAAAUUCACAGAGAAAACGUUCGCCAGGGUCGUGACAAAUACAAGACCCUACGUGAAAUUCGCAAAGGCAACACCAAGCGUCGUGUCGAUCAGUUCGAGAACAUGUAAAUUAUCCCCCGAUCCUAUGCACGAUCACUAAGCCUACUUUAAAAAUGAACCUUUAUCCUUCACAAUCAUCGUCCGUACUGCUGGAGUGCAGUAAAAGCGCCACCAUAGCCAUAGAUGGGAGCAAUGGACUCCGCGAUCGAGCAUCUAGCGUACCACGCUAAUGCAAAACGAACCAGGUCCAUUCGCUGACAAUUCAAUUCUCGAAGAAGUUUUCAUAGCGUCAUCAAUUUUUAUUCUCGAUGAAACUUUUAUACUUACCUGCCGCGGUGUGCCUCUUCGCCUCUCCACAGCGAUUGGCUCAGUUCGGAACUCGUGCUUACAGUUGUUCCUCCUUACACUUCACGGUACGUUUUACUUGCUCGGAAGAUUCCUGAGGAUCCUGCUGUCCAUACGACUUCAUGAUCUUUCGCGUUUGGCCUACAGGACAGCUCAUCGCGCCGUCUUCUGUAUUAACGUACUGGUUUAGAAUUCGAGAACCUAAUCGGUACGUGCGUCAUACCGGAGUGCCAGUAUUCUUGUUUAAAAAAAAAAAAAACGGUAGACGAAUCGAAAAAUAUUGCAACUGGACGUAAAAUAUAU